GCUGAAUCUGAGCGGAGAUUUCAGGGGGAAACUUCUCCUGCUCUAGUCUGCCUUUUUAAUGCUUUUUUUCUGAGCAUCAGCAGUCAAACAAAGGCUGCAAGUAAACAGUCCGGAGGGAUGUAGGGAGUUUCCAGCGGCUCACGAUGGAGGAACCUGGCACAAGAGAGGUGGAGAUGUCCCUGUCGGACGAGGAGAUUCCCCCCAGUCUUCCUGCAGACGGAGGCAGCAUCCGCAAGGGCUGCGACCCGUUUGCUCAGACUCAGCGCAGCAAGCUGCAGCAUCGCCGCGCUCGCAUCAACCAGCAGAUCAACAAGGAGAUGCGCAUGAGGGCGGGAGCGGAGAACCUGUUCAGAGCGACGACCAACAACAAGGUGAAGGAGACGGUGGCGCUGGAGCUCAGCUUCGUCAACUCCAACCUGCAGCUGCUGAAGGAGGAGCUGGAGGAGCUGAACAGCAACAUGGAGGUUUACCAGACGGACAGCGAGGCCGUCAACGUUCCCAUGAUCCCGCUGGGCUUGAAGGAAACCAAAGACGUGGACUUCACCGUUCCCAUCCAGGACCUGGUCUGUGAGCACUACGGGGAGGACGGCUCGCUGUACGAGCAGGAGAUCCGGGAGCUGACGGAGCUCAGGCAGGCGAUGCGCACGCCGAGUCGGAACCAGGCCGGCCUGGAGCUGCUGAUGGAAUAUUACAACCAGCUGUACUACCUGGACCAGCGCUUCUACUCAGCUCACCGGAACCUGGGAGUCCACUUCCACUGGUACGACUCCCUGACGGGCGUGCCGUCCUCCCAGCGAGCCCUGGCCUUCGAGAAGGGCAGCGUGCUGUUCAACAUCGCCGCCCUGUACACGCAGAUGGGGGCGCGGCAGGACCGCUCCGCCGCCGCUGGCAUCGACGCUGCCAUCGACGCCUUCCAGCGGGCCGCAGGGGCCUUUAACUACCUCAAGGAGAACUUCUCCAACGCGCCCAGCCUGGACAUGAGCGGCCCGUCGCUCGGCAUGCUGGUCCGGCUCAUGGUGGCGCAGGUGCAGGAGUGCGUGUUCGAGCGGCUCACGCUGAACACGCAGGACUCGGGCUUCGGGUCGCAGCUGGGCCUGGCCCAGGAGGCUGCCCGGGUGUCGGACGUCUACCUGCUGGUGCAGCAGACCAUGACUCAGCCCCUGAUGAGAGACUACGUGCCGUUCUCCUGGGCAUCGAUGGUUCAGGUCAAGUCCGAACACUUCCGGGCUCUUUCGCACUACUACGCCGCCGUGGCGCUCUGCGACCACACGGCGUCUCCUGAGGAGGAGGAGUCUGAGGAGGAAGCAGAGGAGGCCUUCCUGAAGUUCUACAUCAACGUCCCUGCAGGACAACCUCUGGGCCGCGUCCUGCAGGAUCCGGAGAAGAGACGGAAGCUGGGUAAAGCCCACCUCCGGCGCGCCGUCAUCAGGCACGAGGAGGCCAUGCGCGUCCACAGCCUGUGUAAGAUCCUGAGGAAGAUGGACAUCCUGCAGGACGUGCUGUCUCUGGCACACAAGCGCUCCCUGCACAAGUACUCGGUGCUGGACCGGGAGGACGACUUUGACGAGACGGCGGAAGCCCCGGAGAUUCAGUCAGCUCAGACGCAGCAGAAGCCCGACGUCACGCAGCCCAACUUCUCCACCGUCCAGGUCACCGACAUCUUCCAGCGACUGGGCCCGCUGUCGGUGUUCUGUGCCCGGGCCCGCUGGGGGCCGGUCCGGGUCGUCUGCCUCCAGAAGAGAGACGGAGGACUGGGCCUGACGCUGCGAGGAGACUCCCCCGUCCUGGUGGCCGGAGUGGUGCCGGGGGGCUGUGCCGAGGAGGCGGGGCUCCGCGAGGGCGACUACAUCGUGGCCGUGGACCAGCUGGACUGCAAGUGGUCCAAACACGGGGACGUGGUCCACAUGCUGAAGACCUGCAGCGACCGGGGGGUGGAGAUCAGCGUGGUGACGCUGCACUCCCACGACACCCAGGACCGGAGGACCGUCACUCUCUCUCACUGCAGCGACAAGGAGAACACUCGGCACCGCCUGCUGGGCGGAGCCAAAGGCCAGAGCUCCGCCUCCCUGCUGAACUGGAACAGGAAGAAGAAACGAGACGGUACUGGCAGGAAGCUGGGCAGCACCUUCAGCCUGUCCUUCGGAACCAUCAGAGACCCGGAGGCCAUGUACUGAUGAAUACUGAGGUUCUGAGGUCCAGACGGGCCUGUGGGAUCAUCUCACACGCAGCUCAUGUUAACAACGGACUUUAAUGUGCCUUUAUGUGCAGUUUAUAAACUGCUCCUACAAAAUAAAAGCACCCGGACUGCAGGAGCAAGAGUGGAGGGAGAGGAAGUGACAUCACGAGACUGAUCCGGUUCCCCCGGUACCGUCAACCCCAAGUCAGAGUUUACGACGUCGCGACGGCAGCUGUCCUUUACCCGGUUCUGGAGGAGGUUCUGUUCAGUUUGAGCUGAAACGGGCCUGAAAACACACCCACGUGACUGCAGUUACAGCGUUGCCAUGGCGACCGACAGAUGUGAAGAUGCUGGUUCUCAUCCCAGCCGUCUCGCCUGAACUCGUUUUUGUAUUUUCAGCCGUAGCUCGGUAGAACCUGCUCGACGGCGACGGCACCGGUCCAGUUUGUCGGAGGAAGUUACAGAAAACCAGUGAUAAAUGUUAUUAAGACUUGAUUUGUCUCUAGUUCUGUUAUGGCGCUUUUAUACUAGUACCUACUCAUCUCAACUCGGCCUGGUUUCUUUUCCUCUACAAUCCAGCACCUGGAGCAGAAGUAGGAGGUUGGAGAAGCUGCUGUGACGUAUUUGAUUGUGUGAUCUAAACGUAGAAGACAACAACACUAAAGAUGUAGAACCUGGAGAUGAUAGAUGUGCUGCUGGGUCUGUGGCUUGUGUUUGAUAUCAAGUUAUAAAAUGGGAGUGAGUGAAACUUCAAGUGGCAACGCUUUUGAGUUUUUUUUUAGUUUGUCUCUGCUGCUGAAAAGUCCGUUGGUAUCUGAGCAGCUAUGAAGUGACAGAGCUCCUGGUAGAUCUUGUCGUUCCUUAUCGUCUAGAUCCCUUUUUAAUUCUCUCCUCAGCACCAGGUUUAUGAACAUCUGCACCUCAGAGUUGGAUCACCAAACAGACUUCUGCUGGUCGAAAUGAAGAAGAAGCUCUGUCAGAGUCGCUCUUUCACUGAUGUCACAUCCUGACUCAGACGUCUGACAGCCACUUCCACACUACAUACGGUGGCCUGUAGUGUGAUGACAUCACAGUCCGCUUAAAACCUCGGCGGAAUAGUUACAGAAAAAGUAUCUACUCGGCACGUUAGACCCCUAGUGGAAAAGAACCAAGGCGAGCCGAGUCGGGCUGAGUAGGUACUAGUGGAAAAGUGCCAUUAGAAUUAUCCACCGACCUGCAGACCCCCCUCUGACCCCUCAUAACCCUUUUCCACCAAACUGGUUCCAGGGCUGGUUCUGUUUCUGGGCCAGUGCUGAGUUUCCACUGACAAAGAACUGGCUCCGGUUCCAAGGUAGCGCCAACUCUUUGCUGGACUAGAGGAAAGAACCGCUUACGUAAGCAGAGAGGGCGGAAUUAUUAAGACCAACGGCAAUAGCAAGACUGGGAGACGGAGACAUUUUCAAAUCAGAAUUAAUCUGGAUGCAGCAAAGCAUCAUGGGAGGAGGAGGAGACAACCUGUCUUUUAUGGCCCUUUUCCACUAGUACCUACUCUGCGCGCUUCUACUCGCCCCCGUCUUGCACUUUUCCAAUACGGGCCGAGACGGGUGGAGCCGUGCCAAGUAGAUACUUUUCUGUACCUAUUUUGUCGAGGUUCUAACCUGGAUCUGACGUCAUCACCCUCCACGCCACCGAUUGGUCGGGGGGCCGUCAGACGUUUGAAUCAGGAAGCGGGAGUCAGCGCGAGAACGACUCGAUUUUAUUAUACAGCGCAAACGUCUGUUUCAUGAUUCAACUCUGAGGUGCAGAUGUUCAUAAACCUGGUGCUGAGGAGAGAAUUAAAAAGGGAUCUAGACGGGCAAUAAGGAACAACCAGAUCUACCAGGCGCUCUGUUUUCUUCUCAGCCGCUCGCGGCUCCAGCUGAUUUCUCAUCAGACACAAACAAAGGGGUUGAGCAAUCGAGUACGUCCCAGCAGCUUCACCCCAACCUGCCCACUUCUCACCUGGGUGUGGAAAAACAAACGAGGACAAAGCGGGUGGAGCCGGGACGAGGCGAGUCGGGCUGAGUAGGUACUAGCGGAAAAGGGCCAUUAAAGAUGUGUCCACGGAGGAGCUACAUGGACCAAGUCCUAUUAGAGCAGAUACCUUGUUGUUGCUGCAACUUUCACACAAACGCAGCAACGUAACUGACUAAUUAACUGUUGAACGAGUCGUGAACCAGAACCAGCUCUCGAACCAGUUUGGUGGAAAAGCGGUACCAGUGUCUGCCGUCUACACCCGUUCACGUAGUGGUCUCUGUUUGGGGUUGUUCUGUUCUGCAGCCGUCAUGACUGAGCAGAGUUUUUAUUAAUGAGGCAAAAAACAGCUGGAAACCAGAUGUUAGGACUUCAGCUGGACCGGCUACGUCACAUCUGGAUAAACUGGACCAUCGACACGUCUGAAAAACCACCUGGUCAAAGGUUUUCUUUGUGAUAUUCAGGUUUUGAGCGGCUCUGGUUGCCGUGGAAACUCACCCACGUCCCCUCCCCGGUACCGACGCCCGCGCCCAUGAGCAAAACCCUGCCGGGCCCAGAGGUUCAUAUUAGUACGACGUCUAGCGUCACCAUGGAGACACGUUAGUAGUUUCAUCCUCUCUAGAUUGUUAAAAGCACUUGGAGUCGGAUCUCUUGUCUUGUUACUUUGAUGCACUGUAAAAAAAUGUUAGAUGUAGUUUCUGACGUUGCAGCGACUCGUUGGACUCAGUCGGUACGAUUUUUCAGGAGGGUUUUUGUACGAUUUUCACGCAGCUGGAACUUGUGUGUUUUUUUUUAAAUCUUUGUCCUGUCGUCGUCCAGAAGAUAUCAAAAUAAAACGUUCCAGUCAGACGAGAGAAAAAAGUCAGUUUUCUGCUGUCUGAGUAAAUAUUGAGCACAAAUGUUGUUUAUAAGGAAAAAUCCUGCUUUUGUCUGAAUUCCUGUCCGUCCCUAGCAACCGUUUCUAGGGGUUUUGCACUGUAUUUGUGAUGUAUGAAAACAAUAAAA